UCACCUGGGCAGGAGCUGCUCCCGCCGCUCCCCGGGAUCUCACCUGGGCAGGAGCUGCUCCCGCCGCUCCCCUGAGCAGGUCUCACCUGGGAGAGGGAUCUCACGCUGGUCUCACCUGAGCAGGCACGGCCGGGGCGGCUGCGGUGCCGGAGCCAGGAUGCGCUCCAAGAGGCUCACCACCGAACCUCCGUGUAUAACAGAAGAAAUAUUAGAAGAAUGCUUAGCCACAGAUGAUAUGCUUGUGGAUUUCUUUAAUGAAUUUUUGAGUCUUCCGACUUUUGCCCAGCCAGUGAAGUUUAACUCUGAUGCUGGGGCUUUUGAAGUAGUUAAUUAUGCCCCACGAUGCCUGGAAAGCCAGCAGAAAAAAAUUCUACAUGAUCAAAAACCUCCAAACCCCAUUUAUGAUGUUCUAAGCAAAGAAAAGAAUGAUGGGCAGCUCUCCAAAAUGUACAGUGCUUCUUCAACCUUCAGUAUUGAUCCAAAUUACAACACUAUGCAACUCGAUCAAGAACAAGCAAUUGAGUGGAUUAAGAAAGAAAGGCUUCCAGCAUUUCUAGAAAGUGACUGUUACUUUGAAUACAGAUUAGCUAAAUUGAUAUCACAGGUAGAAUGGAGCAAGACUGGCAUUAAUUUCAUUAUAGAUAGUGACUACUCUCCCUGGAUAAGGAGGCAAAGCCCAAGUUCUCCCCCUCCUGAGGAGGAUGACUCUUCACUGACUUCAUUGACUAUGAAGGAGUUCUAUGUAUCACUUGGCGAGGCUACAGUUUCUCAGGUAAAGGAUUGGUUUACCUUGGCAAAACAAGGUAAUUCUGUGAAAACUACAGAUUCGUAUACGCAUCCUGUAGCUUCUAGUAAAAUUCAAGAUACUCAGCAUUUGCCAGGGCAGCAUAAAGGAAAUGAAUCAUUACCUGGAAAAGGUCCCCUUCUGGGGACAGCAUCUGCAAAAGCCGAUGUUAGCAGUGAGAGAUCCAGAAAGGCUGAGGAGGGCUGCUCUGUGGCCAUUGCUGAAGUUCCUUCUCACACGCAUUCAAGAGUUUAUCUAGACCCAAAAUGGCACAGUGCAGCAAAAGAAGAAGAUGAGCAGGGAAGCACAACUUUUCAGACAGCUGAAGAAUUCACACCAGCGUCCUCUCAAAUUUCAGUGAAGGAACCCAUUUCAGAGCUGACCCUCCAGCCAGCUGCUGACAUUGAAACCUUGGACUCCAAGGAAGGUGUAAGAAAACAAGGAAGCUUAAGUCCAAGUUCUGAAAGUGUUGGGCCAGACAGCAGGGCUGCCUGGUGUAUUAGUCAUGGGACAUAUGACACUGGCAACAGACAUGAGUUUGAAAGAUUCAAGAAGUUCAUUAAAGGAACACUUGGGGAGAGGUACUGGUGGCUCUGGAUGGAUAUUGAAAGACUAAAGGCUCUUAAGAACACUACAAGGCAACAAAGGCAACUCAGUAAGAUGAAAAAACUGUACCUGCUGAGCAGUGGAGACUAUUUCCUCAGUUCAGAAGUGUUGCUCAGACUUGAGCUACUGCAUGGAGAUCAGUGGAAUAUAAUGCAUUUAAGACAGAUUCAGCCUGAAGUAGUGAAACCACUUCUUCUUUACUGGGGUCCCAGAUUUUGUGUCACUCAUUCAACAGCAAUUGAUGCUGCCAGUGCAAAACUGAAGUUCUGGCACACAUAUCAAGAGAGACCAAGAGUGGACGUUGAUCCUUUCCCACAAAUUGUAUCAUUGUUGCCAUUGACCCAAAAGUCUGACAUACCACCUUCCCUUCUUCAGAGAUCAUCAAGAUUGCCACCUACUCUCACAGGGAGUCAGAUUCUCCAAAGGGAUGAUACUUCUAGCAGUAGAAUGUGGCCAAUGUCAGUGAGCACAGACAUGAUUCAUAGCUUAGCUCUGGAUGGGACCAAAGACUCAGAAUACCAGGGUCAUAGAAAGUACACCUAUGCUGAGCUUCUCCACGGAAAAAGUGUUGCUGGCAGUGUUGUCUUCAGGGGAUCAGGAAUUGAAAGCAUGCUGCAGUCUCUUUAUUUGGAGAACAGAGCAGGCUACUACUUCACACAAUUCUGUGAGAAGUCAGGGAAUAAGUUGUGGAAGAACUGUGUGUACUUUUGGUUUGACCUGCAGGCUUAUCAUCAGCUUUUUUACCAAGAAACCCUUCAACCUUUUCAAAUAUGCCAGCAAGCUCAAUUCCUUUAUGCAACUUAUAUUGCUCCAUCUGCCAGUAUGGACACUGGACUUCAUCAGAAUAAGAAAAAUACGAUUUAUCACAAAAUUGACCCGGCUUUUGAGGACCUUUUUGACCCAGCAGAAGAACAUAUUCUCACUGUUCUGCUGGAACCAUGGGUGAAGAUGGUGGAAGAAGACAAAUACACUUACAGAAAGGUGGAGUUGGUGGAAGAAACUCAAGAGCUGGACUCCGUGUACUUUAGAGAGCUCCAGGCUUUGCAUCAAGUGAGCAGUUCCAAGAAGGAUGAGAGUACUGUUGCUGACACAGGGGCUCUCAAAGAAGAUCGGCACUUGCAUCAAGCUCCCAAAGAAUUGCUAGGUCCUAAUCUGUCUGACCUGAUCCAUGACAAAGAGAAGUUAGAACAGUUCCAGGCUUUUCUUAAUAAGCAUUCUGCUAGCAUGGAUCUCAUGUGCUGGCUAGAUAUUGAAGCGUUCAGAAAGAUGCUCCAAAAGGAUAAAGAAAAAAGUGAUGAAAAAUCUAAAGACAUUAAAAUCAAGUACUUAAACAACAAGUACUUCUUUGGACCAAACAGCCCAGCUACCAGAGAACAACAAGAAAAGCUAAUGCAUUCAGGUGGAGGAAGGAGACAAAGCCAUCAUGAUCAACUUUCGGCAGCAGUUCUGCUAGAAGUUCAGCAAUGCGUCCAGAAGAGAUUAGAAAAACAAUGGCUGCCAUUGUUCCUGGCAGAUGAACACCAUGGGGCAGAGGAACAAGCAAAGAUAAGGGACAUAACUGAACAUCUUUCACACAAAGACCAGCAAAAGACAACCAGGAUGUGGAAGCAUGUGGACAAUAAGAGUGUUUCUUCAUCUAGUGAAAUUAUUGCUUUCCGCAAGGCGCUGCUGGAUCCAGUGACAGCAAAUCUGUUUCAACGCUUUGUGGCACUGAAGGGAGACCUCCUGGGGAACGGAGUGCUCUUUUGGCAAGAGGUGCAGAAGUAUAAGGACUUGUGCCAUUCUCAUUGUGCUGAUGCCAUGGUUCAGAAAAAGAUCACAGCUAUUAUUGACUGCUUUAUUAAUUCUGCCAUACCCCCAGCUUUGCAGAUUGACAUCCCACCUGAACAAGCAAAGAAGAUUGUGGAGCGUAGGAAAGAACUAGGACCUUAUAUUUUUAGAGAGGCACAGAUGAGUAUUUUUGCUCUUCUGUUUAAAUUUUGGCCAGAAUUUUGUAAGUUCCAAAGCAAUCCGGAUCGUGACAAAAUUCUAGUUGCCUUGGAGAAAAAAGAGGAAAAAGAGAUGCAAAAGACGGAAGGGAUAACAGCAAAGGGUAAAGAAGCAGGGAAAAACCUCAUUAAUUUGGCUCAACUUAAGUCCUUGGCUCAACCCAAGUCCUUGACUCAGCCUGAGCCCUUGACUCAGCUUAAGCCCUUGACUCAACUGCCAAGGAGUGUUUUGCUAGAUGAGCUUGAUGUGAAGAGAAGAUCAUCAACACCUUUAGCACCUACAGAAGGACGUGGGAGGAAGGCUUCCUGGUCCUAUUCCAAGUACAUAGAAGCCUUGGAGCAGGAAAGAAUACUCAUUAAAAAGCAAGAAGAUCUGGAGAAAACCUCAUCAUCAUUCCCUGCAGGUUCCUUGUCUAUGUCCUCUCUGAAGCCUGAAAGUUCUGUAAAAGCCACCAUUCCUACAAAGCCUAAACACUGAAUCUUCCCAAGAAUCAGGAAGCACAUUAAAUUCUCUCUGAGGAAGGGAAUGCAGAGACAUUCAGUGAAGGUGGCCAAGAGACAUAAAUGUAAUGUGCAUGCAAGGUUUGUUCUUACAGUUCUAGAGCAAAGAUGAUGACUUUGAAUAUUGUUAAGAACCAUGGGAUCAAGGGUAGAAAAUAAACAUAUUCCAAUGUGUUCCAUUUCAA